GACCGUCAAAAGAGUCGCCGAGGAGUCCGAACGCCGCCGUGGAGACUCGAGAAUUAAACACUAGCCUCUCAAGCUAUUUAUACCAAGCAAGCAGUUCGUGAUAUUUUACGUUGCGGAAAACCAAAACCCCACGCUCGGGAGCUGCUCACUCUUGCACCUCGAUCAAAUGUGUGUUUUUUUUUUCCUACCGCAAAACCGACCGACCGUGAGAGCGCGUGAGGACGGUAGGGUAGGGUGAGCAGUUGGUGAAACCAUUUUUGUCCUGGCGGAUAUUUUGGAUCGAGCCCUGUCGGGAGGCUUUCAUUCAUACAGAAAUACGCUAUCCGAGUCGUCAAGCUCUUUGAACGUGACCUCAAAAUUCCCCCGUACAUCAGUAUAGCGUAGCCUAAUUCAUCACACUGGCAUAGGCACAUUCGCAUAAGGUGGUUUUGUUGGAGGAGAAACCGUUCGUUUCGCUGGCCGUGCUGCGCGUCCUGUCGGGUUUUCAAGAAAUGGAGGCUGAAGAUGCAGAUUAUCGGUUGAGUGAAAUUCGUGGCUCUGACACGAUUAAAUCACUUAAUUGCUGGCGAGAAUAACAGAAUGUUUUAAUUGAUCUUAAUGUGUCCAUUAAAGGAAAAUUCUACAAUUAAUACCAGACAUCUUUUAUCUACUCCCUCCUCGCCUCCCGUUAGUUUACCGGGUAAAGGAACUAUCUGCUCAUCCAAAGCGGAUUCUUCUGGACUUUUUGCUUGCUUACAAGAAGCAGCGUCGCGUUUUGCUGCGGUUUCAGCUUUUAGUUUUUUGGAAAACUGAUUUUUAGGAAUGAGAUCUGGAACAGCGAGGGAUGUUUGGACCUUAUUUUGGGGUCCUGUGCUGUUUCUUUCCACCAUCUGCCCGUGGUCUGCGCAUGGAGAAGUCUGUGGUCCUCACAUUGAUAUCCGCAAUGACAUCAGUGAGUUCAAGAAGCUGGAGAACUGCACGGUGGUGGAAGGCUACCUUCAGAUACUCCUCAUUGGAGACAAGAACAACAACCUCAACCCGGAGCACUUUCGCACCCUGUCCUUCCCCAAGUUGACCAUGGUCACCGACUACCUUCUCCUGUUCCGAGUCUCCGGCCUGGAUAGCCUCAGCAUGCUCUUCCCCAACCUCAAUGUCAUCCAAGGACGCAACCUGUUCUACAACUACGCCCUGGUCAUCUUUGAAAUGACCAGCCUGAAAGAUAUUGGCCUCUAUAACCUGAGGAACAUCACCAGAGGCGCUAUCAGAAUCGAAAAGAACCCGGAGCUGUGCUACUUGGACUCGGUGGACUGGUCACUCAUUAUGGAUGCAGAGUUUAACAACUACAUCGCUGGGAACAAGCCGUCCAAAGAAUGCGGUGAUGUUUGUCCAGGUAUCAUGGAUGAUAGAACCCAGUGCAUUAGGACCAGCUUCAAUGACAACUACAGCCACCGCUGCUGGACCUCCAACCACUGCCAGAAUGUGUGUCCAAAGAAGUGUGAGAAAAGGGCGUGCACGAAUAAGGCUCACCCCAAGUGCUGUCACCCCCAGUGUCUGGGCAGCUGCACUGAACCAGACAAUGAUAAGGCAUGUGCCGCCUGCCAGCAUUACUUUCACGAGGACCGCUGCGUUGAGGCCUGCCCACCGGGCACGUACAAGUUUGAAGGUUGGCGUUGCAUCACCAUGGACAUGUGUGCCCGUGUUCACCUACCCAGUGAGGUCGACUUUGUCAUCCACAAUGGAGAGUGUAUGCCGGACUGCCCUCCCGGAUUCACCCGAAAUGACACUCAGAGUAUGUUUUGUAGUGCAUGUGACGGACUGUGCGAUAAGGUCUGCGAAUCUAAAACAAUUGACUCGGUGGAUGCUGCUCAGUCCCUGCAGGGCUGCACGGUCAUCAAAGGCAACCUGCACAUCAACAUCCGGCGGGGCACUAACAUUGCAUCAGAGCUGGAGAGUUUCAUGGGCCUGAUCCAGACAGUGACUGGAUAUGUAAAGAUCAAACACUCGCACACUCUGGGCUCUCUGUCCUUCCUCAAGAGCCUGCGAUACAUUCAUGGAGAAGAGCUCACGGAGCAGUAA